AAGAAAUGAUUUUUCAGUUCUAGUGUAUUAGAAAACAUCUAAUAUUUGAUAAAUAAUACUUAUUAACCUAUGAUGGUUCAAGUAUUUUUAUUGGAGAAGUAUAUAUUAAAACCUUAAUAAACCAGACAAAGUCAAAACCCAAAUACCAACUAGAAGUAUCUCUAAGAUCUACAAUAACAUUUCAUAUUGAUGAAGAUUUUUAUGGUUUUUCAAUUCCAUACUAGGGUCAAUAAAAACUCUUUAGAGCUAAUACCAAUAAGAUUAGAGAAUUAAAAAAAUUAAUCGAUGCCAAGAUAGUUUAUCUUGAUAUGAAUCAAUUCUAUGUUCCUUAACAAGUCUUAGGUAUUGGUGCUUUCUCAUAAGUAUAAUUAUUUUAUAAAAUUAGGUACAAAUGGUGUAAAAUUUGUAGACAAAAUAGUUAGUAGCUGCAAAAUUCCUAAACAAGAAUAGAGAAGGAAAAUCAAACACGGAACGAAUGAAUGUAAAAUUAGAUCAUAAUUACACUUAUAGGAUAUAAUAAAUGAAAUCUAAAUAUUGUACCGAUUGAAUCACCCAAAUAUUGUGAAAAUUAAAGAAAUAUAUGAUAAAGCUAAUUAAAUAGUCAUCAUACAUGAAUAUGUGGAUGGUUAAACUUUAGAAAGAUUCAUUAAUGAACAUGGAACAUAAUUACAUUAAACUGAAAUUUAAUCAAUUAUGAGAGUAAUUAUAUAUAAUAAUCCUUUUUAGCAAAUUUUGUUAGCUAUUAUAUAUAUUCAUGAAUAAGGUUUACUACAUAGAGACAUAAAACCAGAUAACAUUAUGAUUGAUAAAAAUUUGAAUAUCAAGUUAAUUGAUUUUGGCUUGGCGACAAAACAAGGGAGUCCGUUAUGCAUUCAAAAAUGUGGCACUCCAGGAUAUAUUGCCCCAGAAAUUAUCAAUUCUAAUAAACCUCAAUACAACAAUAAGAGUGAUAUCUUUAGUCUUGGCGUUGUAUUUUAUAAACUGUAUUUUAAAUUCAUUAUUACUUUAGAAUUACAUCAUAAGAUUUAUUUUAGUAAUCACAAUUAGAUAAUUUGUAAUAUUGUUAUAAUGAAAAUAUACUUUCAAUGGAGCAUCUCUUAGAAUUUAAUAUUUCAGAUUCCUGCUUUGAUUUGUUAUCUAGUAUGCUUUGCUAUGAUAGAAAUAAAAGAAUAAGUGCAAAAGAGUCUCUACAACAUAACUAUUUUAAGGAGAGUCUUCGACCUUCUGUCAAAAAAACUUAAGUCUUACUUUAAUAAUCUACUUAAUUCGUUUAAUAAUAAUCAACCAUUUUCCAGUCAUAAUUGUCAGAAGGAAGUCGAAAAUAAUCCAGAAAAAUUAGUGAUAAAACAAACAAUCGAUCGUAUUUAUUUUUAUUUAUUCAUUAGUUUAUCGUACAAAAAAUCGAUUAAAUCUGAUAGUUCAAUAUGAUGAAGAAUUUCUAUAUGAUAUUUACUCGAG